AUGAUGAAAAUUUGGAGUUUCGCGGUGAUUAUCUGGAUUUUUGGUGAGUUUCCCUUCAAAUCUCGAGGAAAAUCCCAAAAUUUGCAGCGUCAUUUGCCACGUGUCAAAUUCACGUGUCAUAUUGCGAUGUGACGUGUCACAAAACAUCACCAGCAUUCCACGUGGCCGAUAUCACGGCGUGCUGUAAACAUCGGAGUUUUGUCAGUGGAAUCUCAGAGAAAGUCUGGCUUGAACGGCGCGGUCCGCGGACGAUUUUUUCCCAAUUUUUGGGUGAAAAUCAUUACGCGGAUUCAGCGAAACUUCAGCCAAAGAGAGUCUCAUUUCGCGCAUUCCGCGAAAUUUUUUGACUAGAAAAUUUGAUUUUUUUGAGUUUUUCGCGGAUACACGGGUGGACUCGAGAGGGAGGGUAUAAAAAGGAUAAAUUGUAUCGCAUACGCGACAACGAGGAUAGCGCAGCGAGGAAGAUGGAUGACUACAAAACGACAGGAUUGGGAUCGACUCAGAGAAGGUCUGGCUGGAACGGCGCGGUUCGCGAAACCCAAAAAUCUGCCAAUCCGCGGCUGACACAAGAACUUUAGCGAAACGUCCGCGAAAUUAUACUCCGCUGUUAGCGAAACGUCCGCGCAAUGCACUCUCGAGAUAUAAAAACCUCUCGAGAUAUAAAAAUGCUGACACAAGAACUUUUUUUUUGUAUCAAAUACAGUAGUUUGGAAGGGAAAAAUUAAGAUUUCGAUCAAUUUGGUUGGCCAACAUAGUUUGUGUUUUCAUUAUGUAUUCAUUGCGUUUUGAUUGCGUAAUCACAGCACAAUCUUCAUUUUAUCCAAUAAAUAUUCCAAUUUUUAAAUCAAAUGUUUUUUUUUUAUCAAAUACAGUAGUUUCGAAGGGAAAAAUUAAGAUUUCGAACAAUUUGGUUGGCCAACAUAGUUUGUGUUUUCAUUAUGUAUUCAUUGCGUUUUGAUUGCGUAAUCACAGCACAAUCUUCAUUUUAUCCAAUAAAUAUUCCAAUUUUUAAAUCAAAUGUUUUUUUAUCAAAUACAGUAGUUUGGAAGGGAAAAAUUAAGAUUUCGAACAAUUUGGUUGGCCAACAUAGUUUGUGUUUUCAUUGUGUAUUCAUUGCGUUUUGAUUGCGUAAUCACAGCACAUCUUCAUUUUAUCCAAUAAAUAUUCCAAUUUUUAAAUCAAAUGUUUUUUUAUCAAAUACAGUAGUUUCGAAGGGAAAAAUUAAGAUUUCGAACAAUUUGGUUGGCCAACAUAGUUUGUGUUUUCAUUAUGUAUUCAUUGCGUUUUGAUUGCGUAAUCACAGCACAUCUUCAUUUUAUCCGAUAAAUAUUCCAAUUUUUAAAUCAAAUGUUUUUUUUUUAUCAAAUACAGUAGUUUCGAAGGGAAAAAUUAAGAUUUCGAACAAUUUGGUUGGCCAACAUAGUUUGUGUUUUCAUUAUGUAUUCAUUGCGUUUUGAUUGCGUAAUCACAGCACAAUCUUCAUUUUAUCCAAUAAAUAUUCCAAUUUUUAAAUCAAAUGUUUUUUUUUAUCAAAUACAGUAGUUUGGAAGGGAAAAAUUAAGAUUUCGAACAAUUUGGUUGGCCAACAUAGUUUGUGUUUUCAUUGUGUAUUCAUUGCGUUUUGAUUGCGUAAUCACAGCACAUCUUCAUUUUAUCCAAUAAAUAUUCCAAUUUUUAAAUCAAAUGUUUUUUAUCAAAUACAGUAGUUUCGAAGGGAAAAAUUAAGAUUUCGAACAAUUUGGUUGGCCAACAUAGUUUGUGUUUUCAUUGUGUAUUCAUUGCGUUUUGAUUGCGUAAUCACAGCACAUCUUCAUUUUAUCCAAUAAAUAUUCCAAUUUUUAAAUCAAAUGUUUUUUUUUAUCAAAUACAGUAGUUUGGAAGGGAAAAAUUAAGAUUUCGAACAAUUUGGUUGGCCAACAUAGUUUGUGUUUUCAUUGUGUAUUCAUUGCGUUUUGAUUGCGUAAUCACAGCACAUCUUCAUUUUAUCCAAUAAAUAUUCCAAUUUUUAUAUCAAAUGUUUUUUUAUCAAAUACAGUAGUUUGGAAGGGAAAAAUUAAGAUUUCGAACAAUUUGGUUGGCCAACAUAGUUUGUGUUUUCAUUGUGUAUUCAUUGCGUUUUGAUUGCGUAAUCACAGCACAUCUUCAUUUUAUCCAAUAAAUAUUCCAAUUUUUAUGUCAAAUGUUUUUUUUAUCAAAUACAGUAGUUUGGAAGGGAAAAAUUAAGAUUUCGAACAAUUUCGUUUUGACAUUCCUGGAAGAAUUUCAGGAAUUUUGACACCCAAUUUAGUAUAUUUCGCACAAAUUAUCAUUUUUGAGCUCUUUCGAGCUCUAAUUCUUAACCUUUUUGAAACUUUGGCUUUUUUGGGAUUCCUGAGAGAAUUUUAGGAAUAUUGAUAUAGAAUUUGAUAUAUGGCUCGAAAAUAAGGAUUUUUGAGCUCUGUGAAGCACUGAUUCUUGAUUUUCCCUGAAAGUUUGGAUUUUUUGAGGUUCCUGAGAGAAUUUCACGAAUUUUGAGAUGGAUUUUGAAUUACGGCUAAAAAUUGUGAUUUUUGGGAUAUUUUGAGCUCUAAUUCUUGAUUUUUUCAAAAAUUUUGGAUUUUUUGAGGUUGCUGAGAGAAUUUCACGAAUUUUGAGAUGGAUUUUGAAUUAUGGCUCAAAAAUUGUGAUUUUUGGGUUAUUUUGAGCUCUAAUUCUUGAUUUUUCCUAAAAAUUUGGAUUUUCGGUAGAGAUUGCUCCAAAAGCUCCCAAGAUUCUCAAAAACACAUUUUUGCUCCAGACCUAACUAAAUUUGUGCUCAAAAUGCUCCGGGAGCCUUCAGGAUUCUGAAAAUCACAUUUCUGGUCCAAAACUGUCCAAAUUUGGGCUCAAAAUGCUCUUGGAGAUGUCAGGAUUCUGAAUAUCACAUUUCUGGUCCAAAAUAUAUCAUAUUUGGGCUCAAAAUGCUCCUGGAGUCUUAAGGAUUCUGAAAAUCACAUUUUUGAACAGAAACGAACUGAAUUUGGGCUCUAUUUGCUCCUGGAGCUGUCAAGAUUCUGAAAAUCUCAAUUUUUUUCUAAAUUCAGUCGAAUUUAGGCUCAAAAUGCUCCGAAAGCCUUCAGAAUUCUGAAAAUCACAUUUUUUUUCAAAUUUAGUCGAAUUUGGGCUCAAAAUGCUCCCCAAAACCCUCUAUAAAGUUUGGGAUUUGAAAGCGGCGCUGGAUCCGCGAAGUAUUUGAAAAAUCUGAUUUUUUGCAUCAAUUUGAGCAUAAAAGAAAAUUUUUUGGUCUUGAGCUGAAAUUUUAGAGUUCUUGGGCUGAAAAUUCAGAUUUCUUGAUUUUUCAGCUUGAUUUCAAGCAUAAAAAUGACCUAUAGGCUGAAAAUUCAGAUUAUUAGCUAACUUUUGAGCCCGAACAUGACUAGAUUCGAAAAAUUUUGAUUUUGGGCUGAAAAUUCAGAAUUGCGGCUCCAAAGCCCAAACAAGGUUAAACUUCAGAAUUUCAGAUUUUGAGCUGAAAAUUCGGAAGUUUCGCUCUAUUUUGAGCACAAAUAUAAAGAGCCUCGUGAAAUUUGCGUUCUUUUGAGCCUAAACAUGACUAAGCCGCCACACCGCAAGCCGCCGACAACCACCACGACGAGGAAAGCAGCUCGAAUGCGGAAGAGGAUGAAGACGACGAGGCACGAUUACCGGGAGCGGUGUUCCGCGCUGCCGCCGCAAGACCGCGACGUCGACCACAAGCUGUUCCGCGAGCAGCCGCGAAUAAUCCGCCUGUGCAGAGAAAUCCAAAUCCAUAUGUGGUAAGAGUUUUUUUGGGCGCGAUUUUUGAAUUUUCAAAUUUUUUUGAUAUCAAAAAACGUGAAAAUAUGAGACUUUCAGCAUUUUUUAGCUGAAAAUCCCGCAUUUUCAGCCAAAAUCUGA